CACUAUUAUUCUACCUACAUAGGUUAAGGCUCGCCAUUAUGCGUUUGUUGUUGACAAAAUUCGGUCAAUUCCUUCGCUGUUCCGUUGUCUCUUCGUUCAUGAUGCGCAGUUCCAAAUUCUUCAGUAUACUGUCCACCUUGCCAGUACUAAUCACGGCACAAUGUCCGGCAUACAUAGAUUAUGCAAAUCAAGUACAUGAGCCUCUGAGCUCGGGCAAGUACAAACUCGCAUACCAGCGACCUUCGGAAGAGUGUAGAACCUUCAAGUCGCAAGGCCUUGAAGAUACACUCACGCGCAUAAAAUCCACCAUCAAAGAUCCGGACCUAUCUCGCCUGUUUGAAAACGCGUACCCGAAUACUCUCGAUACCGCUAUUAAAUGGAAAGGACAUGCGGCGAAUAAUAUAGACGAAGAGCUGACGUUCAUCAUCACUGGGGAUAUCAACGCAAUGUGGCUGCGUGACUCGUCGAACCAGAUGCAGAGUUACCUACCGCUCCUGAAUGCAAGCAGCGACCCAAAUUCGAUCGCGAGUCUUUACCGUGGGGUCAUAAAUCUGCAGGCACGAUAUCUGCUCACAUCACCAUACUGCAAUUCCUUCCAGCCACCCGUCGAAAGUGGUCUUGGAACGGCGCCAAACGAGGCUGCCAGCCAGGAUACCGUUUUUCCGACCUACUCAAACAGUUCUGUUUUUGAGUGCAAAUAUGAGCUCGACUCACUCGCUGCUUUCUUGCAAAUUUCCGCCGAUUAUCACAACGCAACAGGCGACACUGAGUUCUUUGGAAAAUUCCAAUGGGCUCAAGCAGUAGAAGCUAUUCUCAACGUGGCGCAGAAUAUGACAUUGCCUACCUAUGGACCAGAUGGGGCAGUUCUUAAGAGCCCAUAUACAUUCACUCGCUUCACCACUCGUGCAACGGAAACAUUCGCAAACGAUGGCAUCGGCAAUCCAGUUGCAAAUGGCACGGGUCUGAUCAGGAGUGGCUUUCGACCGAGCGAUGACUCUACCAUCUUUCAGUUUUACAUACCUUCGAACAUGAUGUUCAGUGCCUACCUGGCAUCAACGUUACAGAUCAUGGACAAACUGAACACCGGCAACUCUGCGGCGCUGGCAAAAAAGAUGUCAGAUCUGUCAAAGUCGUUGCGCGACGCUAUCGAGACUCACGCCACAGUCAACCAUCCUACCUACGGGAAGAUCUAUGCCUUUGAGGUCGACGGCUUUGGCGGUAGCACGAUCAUGGAUGAUGCGAAUAUCCCUUCGCUCCUUUCCGCGCCCUUCCUCGGCUACAAUGUGAACCCGGAAACGUACGCCAACACGCGCGAUCUCAUCCUCAGCGCAGCGAAUCCGUACUUUAUGCGCGGCCCCGUGAUCAACGCUAUCGGUGGUCCCCAUCAAGGGCCAGGCAUGGCAUGGCCAAUGGCUUCUAUCAUGCGCAUUCUGACGACCGACAAGGACGAUGAGAUUGUCAAUGAGUUGAGACAGAUUGUGAGUAGCACUGCGGGCCUGGGCUUGAUUCAUGAGAGUAUUGAUAGCUUCAAUCAAACCCAUUGGACAAGGCAGUGGUUUUCGUGGGCGAAUGGGCUGUUUGGACAGAUGGUACUGAACUUGGAGGAUCGGAAACCGGCGAUCUUGGAGACGAGCUUCCAGUGAACGCACACAUUUAGGUGUACAUAGGUCAUUUGACUAAUGACAGCGACAUGUGUAACGAACUACGAGUUGAUGUCCAGAUUGAAG